GGGUUUAGGACUCAUUAGUUUAACAGGGGAAGAUCUAUCAUUGGAAGAUGUUGGUGUUGAGUAUCUCAACGAGUUGUGGAAGAGAUCUUUGAUCCAAGAAGUUCAAGAGUUCGACUCGAUGUUAUUUUUUAAAAUGCACGAUCUAGUCCAUUCUCUUGCAACGAUUGUGGCACAACAUGAUUGCUCUAGUGUUGGCUUAAAUACUACAGAAAUUUCAGAAGGAGUUCGGUAUGUUUCAUUCUCUAGCACUUCGUUAGAGGGAAUCUCAAAUUUCAAUGGAGUUCCACCUUUUCUAAGGAAGCCAACUUCAAAGAGGCUACGUGCAAUAGUAUUUCCCUUUGUCGUUGAUGAUGAAGUUAUUACUAGAGAGUUUGUUAGAACAUGCAUCUCUAAGUGUAACCACUUAUGGUAUCUGGAUUUGGCGACUGGUAGUUUUGAGGAGCUGCCGAGUUCCAUAUGCAACUUGAAGCACUUGAGGACGUUAUUACUCCAUGACAACAAGCGAUUGAAGAAGCUUCCAGAUACCAUUUGUGAGCUGCAGAGUUUACAAAACUUGUCCCUCGAUGGUUGCUCAGAGCUAGGUGAUCUACCCAAAAAUAUGAAGAGGCUCGUCAGCCUUACAUUUCUAUCCAUUACAACAAAGCAAAAGAGUCUGCAAAAAAGUGGAAUACAGUACCUGGAAAAUUUGCAAAUUUUGGCCCUUGAAGGAUGCCAAAAUCUCGAAGUUUUGUUUGAAGGUGCUUGCCGACUAACUCGCCUUCGACGGUUGAUAAUUUUAGAUUGUGGGAGACCAAUAUCUCUGCCUUUUGGGGAACUAAUCGCCCUAGAGGUCUUGGAAAUUCGUAAUUGCAAGCUCGUGUUGACCAACGAGAACAAGUCCAACUUUCCUUCUAAUCUUCGUGCGUUGUCAAUAUCACAGUCCGAACAGGUGAUGGAGCUGCUCCAAUGCUUUAACGAAUCUGCUCACACUUUGGAGUCCUUCUCUAUCAGUCAAUGCUUGAGCUUCGUGGCUGUACCUGAAUGGCUGCGCAAUCAUACAUGUCUAAAAUUUAUUAACUUGAUCCAUUGUCCCAAUUUAUUGUCUAUGCCGCAAGAAAUCCAGCCCCUCACUGCCCUCAAAAAAUUAUGGAUCGAUGAUUGUGGUGAACUGAGCGAGAGAUGUCGACCAACAACUGGCAAGGAUUGGCCCAAAAUCGCUCACAUUCCUCAAAUUGAACUUGAUGGUGUAAAGGUACAAUGGACGGAGGAUUAGAUGAACUCCCAAAUCUGUUUGCCACGCCAUGAGGGUCUCCGCAAACAUAUGGACGUGCACUCAGCUACUACUCUCUCAAUAUCUUUCAUUUUCAGGGAUGAAAAGAAUGGCCGUUGAUAUUGUACCUUUUUCUUUUGCCCCUUGAAUAAGUGUAGUUCUUUAUCCCUUAUUUGUGUUUGUAUUGCAAAUUUCUCUAUGGAGAGAACGCCGUAUUCGUGUUGUAUGAGACCAACUGUAGCAUUAUCUUUGUCUGAAUAUCCUUAG